AUGGAACCGAUGGCCUACACUUCUUCACAGACUACGCUCAAGGGAGCCGUCUCCCUAGAGCGACAAAGGUACAAGUACCUUGUUGAACAGGAUACUGUUGACUUCAUCGACGACAGUUAUGAGCAGGUGCGGCAGAGUCAGGCGCGUCUGGAUAAGAUGACGUGGCCAGAUCCCUCGCAGUGGAUGUCUCUAUUGGAAGCAGAGCAACCCGCCGAGCCUUCAGAGCCACACCUCAAUAUAUUGAUCAGAGGGCUGCUUGACGACCCGGAGAAGAUGACUCUUCUGAAACUCCAGGCGGAUCAAACGACCCUUUGUUGGGAUGUGGCAAGACAGGCUUCUUUUCGCGAAAGCCGACUUCACGUUUGGUAUGGAAUUACUUCAAGGGCUUGGUAG